CUUGGUUUAUUCCUGAUAUUAAUGGAGGACCAUUAAUUAGACGUAGAUCAACUUCAACAGUAAUAAGUCAGGAUGGAAAGAUAUAUAUAUUUGGAGGAAGAGCCGAAAAUGAUACUGCUUCACCUGACCUUAUUUUAUUUAAUGAUACCUAUAUUUAUAAUACCGUUACGCCAGGAUGGAACAAAAUUAGUGCAAGUAAUGCUCCUUCUGCUCGAAGUCAUUGUACUGCCACGUUACUUCCAAAUGGUAAAAUUCUCUAUAUUGGAGGUGUUUAUCAAGAUCGACCUGGAGAAGAUACGAAGCCAAUUGAAAUGAAAGAUCAAACAACAAUACCAACAGGAAUUCCUAUUGAGGCUCGAAUAGGCCACACGGCGACCUUAACACCAGAUAAUGAUAAAAUCAUUAUCAUAGGCGGAACCUCAAGCCAUGUAACAAAUGCAACUACUGCACAUCCAGUUUUUAUAAUGCUAGAUAUUAGAACCGAAUCUUAUGAAUAUUCAGAAUUAAAAUAUUCUGGAAUUCGACCGCCUCCAUUAGCAUAUCAUACUGUAAAUUUAUAUCAGAACCUUAUUAUUGUUGCCUUCGGUAAUAUUACUAAUGAUAAAUCCGAGUCUGUUGAAACUAGUUCUUCCAUUUAUUUAUUGUGUCUGCCGCGCCUAGAAUGGGUAACCACGUUUACACCCGGCUACACAUGUCCUAUAAUAUCAGAUCCACCAAAGCCACCAAUUCCUUUGAUUAUUGGUUCGACCGUUGCUUUUUAUGUG